GAGGCUGGGAGAGGGAGGACACCACCUGUACCACUAUUGUCGUUGGUCUAAGGGAGGAUUGUAGGUUUGGAGGCGAUGUUCAGUAAACGAUCGGAGCCAGGGCCAGUCAUGAGGUGCGCGGGCAAGUCAAAAUGUGGUCAGGAGGCAGCCCAACCUGGUCAAGAGUCAGCGUGGCCUCAACUGCCUCUGUCGUUUCCAACCGAGGAGACAUAGGUCACCUCAAGUUGCCUUCACGAGUUUGAUUAGAAAGCAAGUAAGCGCGUCCACCAGAGGGGAGCAAUAGGCUUCCUUGAACAUGCCACGCCGAUAAACGGAGAAGAUGUGGAGGAGGGCCACUGCGACCUAUGGGAAGCCCUCCAACGCCACCUUCGUCUCAUAUCUUGAGCUCUUGAGCUGGAGACUACCAUUAGCUCCACCGAUAACUGGUAGAAGGCAGCUAGGAGGUUGAGGCGAUGGCUGCGACCAAGUCGGAGGAGGUCGCCGUGGGCACCGUUGUGUAAGAGCCCUUUAGGAUCGGUACUCGUAGUGGUCGGAAGGUGGGGCUGGGGACGGCCGGUGAGACCCACGAUGGAGCACCGUGACACGCGUCUUGUUAACCCCAAAUCUAAAGUGAAAAAUCAAUUAUCCCUCCUGCACUGUGCAUGGCGCGGGCCAAUAACUAUAUGAAUGACUGGUAGAGUUGCUCGAAACGACGUCGUCGGUUGUUAAAAAGGCAAACGGGUCGUCAACUGAAGUGAUCUCCUCUUCAGGCAUAGGACCGUACCUUGCAAUUCCUGACCGGACCACUCCGGCACCUGAAGAAUUUCACCGCCCAGUGGCAGCUCCGGCGAAUCUCCGAUUCAGAUCCAAUCGACUGAACUUAGCUCGGCGAGGAGGACAGAAUGGCAGCCGAAGACGUUCCGCUGGACGACAAGGCGAAGAGGAUGAGAGAUCUGCUGUCGAGCUUCUACUCUCCUGACCCUUCCAUGUCCUCUAACGCCUCGUCUAAGCCCGGCUCCCUCGACGCCAUCAACACCGCCUCCUUUGACGCGGAUCAGUACAUGGAUCUCCUGGUCCAAAAGUCCAAUUUGGAAGUGCUGUUGAAGAGGCAUGUCGAAAUGGCAGCUGAGAUUAAAAAUCUGGACACUGACCUGCAGAUGCUGGUCUACGAGAAUUAUAACAAGUUCAUCAGUGCCACUGAUACAAUCCGGAGAAUGAAGAGUAAUAUUGUCGGCAUGGAAUCAAAUAUGGAACAGCUUUUGGACAAGAUAAUGUCUGUUCAAUCUAGAAGUGAUGGCGUGAAUACCUCUCUCUUCGAAAAGAGAGAACACAUAGAGAAACUACAUCGUACACGCAACCUUCUCCGCAAAGUUCAGUUCAUCUUUGAUCUACCAGCUAGACUUGGAAAGUGUAUCAAAUCGGAAGCUUAUGCAGAUGCGGUCAAGUUCUAUACUGGAGCAAUGCCAAUUUUUAAGGCAUACGGGGACUCGUCGUUCCAAGAUUGUAAAAGAGCGUCUGAAGAAGCGAUUGCAACAAUUAUAAAAAACUUGCAGGGUAAGCUAUUUUCUGAUUCUGAAUCCAUCCAAUCUCGAGCUGAGGCUGCUGUACUUCUCAAGCAAUUGGAUUUUCCGGUGGACAGUUUGAAGGCCAAGCUAUUGGAAAAGUUGGAACAGUCUUUAGCAGACCUUGAAGUUAAGACUGAAGGGAUAGAAUCUGCUGGAGAAGAUUCUACUAGUCAUUCUGGAGGUGGAAGUUCCAUAGGCAAUCAUGAGGCUUCUGUUGGGGAGUUCGCAGAGGCUGUCCGUGCUUAUCGAGUGAUAUUUCCUGAUUCCGACAAGCAACUGAUUUCACUAUCCCGAGAUUUGAUUACUAGGCACUUUGAAGUAACGGAGCAAUACAUGCAGAAACAUAUCUCUUCAGCGGAGUUGCUUAAUUUCCUGAAAAUUAUCUGGACAGACGUUCUUCUGUUGGACAAUGUGCUAGAAGAGGCUGGUCUCCCAGAUUUUUCACUGGAGGCUGCUCGGCUUGUUGUGAAGAAGUAUAUUUCCAGCAAAUUAACUCACUUUCAACAGGAUAUUGCAGACUCCCUUGUUGGCCCAAAGGAAAGAGUGGGAGACUAUUCCUUGCAGGAUGCUUUGGAGGCUGGAAAGAAGACUGUUCUUCAAGGCAGCAUGGAUGUAUUACUGGAUUUCCGGCAGCUUCUGGAUGAUAAGUUAGAGCUUGUAAUUAAACUGAGAGAUUCAAUCAUUGAUUGGGUCCUAGAAGGGUUUCAAGUUUUUUUUAGAACCCUAGAUGAUCACUUUGUUUUGCUUUCCGAGAAAAAGAGUUCUCUUGACCAAGGUCUGAAGGAGGGAGCACAAACAGAUAAAGCUCUCACGGGUCUUGUCCUGGUGCUGUCUCAAAUUUCCGUCUUCAUUGAACAGAGUGCUAUUCCAACAAUCACAGAGGAAAUUGCUUCCUCUUUUUCUGGGGGCGGUGCCCGAGGAUAUGAGUAUGGACCUGCAUUUGUUCCAGGAGAAAUCUGCCGAAGAUUUCGAUCAGCUGGCGAAAAGUUUGUGAACCUCUACAUCAAAAUAAGAACACAACGGAUCUCAGUGAUCCUGAGGAAGAGGUUCACAACCCCCAAUUGGGUCAAGCACAAGGAGCCAAGGGAUGUGCAUAUGUUUGUGGAUCUUUUACUUCAAGAGUUGGAAGCAGCACGGUCUGAAGUGAAGCAGAUUUUACCGCAAGGGAUCCGAAAGCACCAUCGCUCAGACAGCAAUGGAAGCACAACAUCCUCACGCAGCAAUCCUCUCAGAGACGAUAGGAUGGGUCGGUCUAAUACCCAUAGGGCCAGGAGCCAGCUUCUAGAAACACAUCUAGCGAAACUGUUUAAACAAAAAGUCGAGAUUUUCACAAAGGUCGAAUACACGCAGGAAUCAGUGGUAUCAACAAUUGUGAAAUUGUCCCUCAAAAGUCUGCAAGAGUUUGUUCGGCUGCAAACAUUCAAUCGGAGCGGGUUCCAGCAAAUUCAACUAGACAUUCAAUUCCUGAGGAUGCCAUUAAAAGAAAUUGCCGAAGACGAGGCUGCUGUUGACUUUUUGCUCGACGAGGUGAUUGUCGCUGCUUCGGAGCGUUGCCUCGAUCCAAUCCCUCUAGAGCCGCCCAUCUUGGACAAACUGAUACAGGCAAAGUUGGCGAAGAGCUAGUGCUGACUGUCGAAGUUCCUUUGAUCGCAGUAAAUUAAUCAAAUGACAUGAUCAGCAGAUUCUUUUUUACCAGUUCAGAAGCUCAGAAUGCCCCCUGUGCAGAAGCCCCAAUCAGUGGUCACAGGAUCCGGCUUUAGCAUGAAGAGCUUGCUGACUAUAUAUGAAUUCAAUGGUGUCGAGAAAGGGAAACCUCCUCACCGUGUAGCGAGUGCUGCAUUCUUUUUUCUCCCACCGGCAUCUGUUUUUAACCCUCCUUUUCUCGAGCUUAGGAAACAUCAAAUGAGAUGAGUAUACAUUUUAUUGUGCUGUAAAAGAACCAAACAACUCGGAUGUCACAGUUCCCUACGUUAUUUGCAAAGGCUUGCGUGUAUAUGACUUGUGUUCUGAGACGACAGACCGUGUGAAGUAACUAUUACAUUCAAUGAACUCCGUUCCAGUGCGGAUGGCGAUACUUUUCGACA